CGAGUUCCAUCUUCCGUACAUCACGGACUCGUACUUCUAUCGAUUCGACUCUUACUCGUAUACCUUCUAUACAUUUGAAAAACUUUCAGACGCCCUCGAUAUUGACCCAAACCUCGGUUGUGACGAAUACAAAUACAAAUACCCUUGACGAUCGACACGCCAGCGUCGUUGAUACUACUACUACUACAUCCUUAAAUUCCCUACUUGGACAAAGACGUACUUUCGCUAGUGGUGUCAUGCAAACUGGUCUCUCACCUUUUAUCCCACUUCCUUCUCAACCAACCAUGGAAUCUCCUUUUUCUCCUCCUCCACCUAUCCCAAAAGCGUCAGGACCAGUUCAACUCAUUCUCCCUCCAACCGAAGAUCGACCUCACAAAUAUUUCACCUUACCGAAUGGGAUAGAGGUUAUAGUUGUUUCUGAUCCUAAAGCCGACAAAGCGGCGGCUAGUAUGGAAGUUGGGGUAGGACAUUUAUCGGAUCCUGAUGAUUUACCUGGAUGUGCUCAUUUUUGCGAACACCUGUUGUUCAUGGGUACCAAGUCAUUCCCCAAGGAAAACGAAUACCAAGAUUUCUUGACUAAAAAUGGCGGCGGCUCUAAUGCUGGAACCGGUAUGACAUCUACCAAUUACUACUUUGACGUAUCCCCCGACGCCUUGCAAGGUGCUCUCGAACGAUUCUCCGGAUUCUUCAGUGAACCUCUGUUCAAUGAGUCCUGCACCGAACGCGAAAUUCAAGCCGUCGACUCUGAGCACAAGAAAAAUCUUCAAAAUGACAUGUGGCGGUUUUACCAACUCUCGAAGCAUCUUUCCAAAACCGGUCACCCAUAUAGAAAAUUCGGAACUGGCAACUAUGAAACGCUGUGGUCUCAGCCUCAAGCCGCAGGACGAGAUCCACGUCAACAGCUGAUGAAAUGGUGGGAGAAGAAUUACUGCGCUCGUCGUAUGAAGUUGGCCAUCGCUGGUAAAGAUGACGUGGCCACGUUGGAGAAAUGGGUUAGGGAAUACUUUGAGCGGGUUCCCGUGCGCUCGGAGGGCUGGCCAGAGGUGGGUCCAGAGGGGGUGAGGAUCGUUUUUGAGGAUCAUCCUCUGGGUCCUGAGCAAUGGGGUCAGGUCACGUUCGUCAAACCUGUAACGGAAACUCGAGGAAUGGAAAUUACCAUUCCUUUCCCCGACAUUCAACAUCUCUAUGAGUCUAAGCCGAGUCAAUUCCUGAGUCACUUUUUGGGGCAUGAAGGCAGAGGGUCUGUCCUGUCGUAUCUCAAAAAGCAGGGCUGGGUCAACACACUUCGUGCGGGUCCAUCAGGCGGGGAUAAUGGCUUUGACCUCUUCAAAAUUGCUGUCGAUUUCACUCCAGAGGGCUUAGAACAUUACGAGGAAACUGCGAUGGCCAUCUUCAAAUACUUCACUCUUCUCCGUUCUCAGCCACCGUCAAAAGAAGCUUUCGACGAAAUCAAAGCUAUCGCUGACAUCACUUUCCGCUUUGCUGAGCGACAACGAGUCGGAUCAUACGUCAACCAUUUGGCCGACUGGAUGACGAGGCCGGUACCUAGAGAAAAGAUUGUCAGUUCCGCUUACCUGGUCGAGGAAUACAAACCGGAUGAAAUCACCGCGGCUCUAAAUCUACUUGAUCCUCGCAAGGCUCUCAUUGGGGUCACAUGUCGGGAAUUGCCUAAAAGUGUCGAAGGCUCGUUUGAUCAGAAGGAGCCUAUCUAUGGGACAGAGUAUAAGACCAUCAAGCUGUCAGACAAGUUCCUUCAAGAAGCCAUGGGUGGUAAACCUGUUUCAGCCAUGAAACUUCCAGGUCCCAAUCUGUUCAUUCCUGAGAAGUUUGAUGUCGAAAAGUUCAACGUUGACCAUCCUGCUUUGCGACCCAAGCUGCUCAGCGAUACCCCUCUGUCGAGAUUAUGGUACAAACGUGACGAUCGAUUCUGGCUUCCAAAAUCUAAUGUGAUAAUCUCCCUCUCCUCACCCAUCCUCGAUGUGACCCCUCGCCAGUAUGUUCUGACCAAGCUUCUUACAGAAUUAUUCCAAGAUUCGAUCACCGAAGAUAUCUACGAUGCUGACCUCGCCAAUCUCAGUUUCGGAGUCAGUAGCGGCAAUCAUGAGUUAUACGUUUCCGCUCAGGGGUUCAGUGAUAAACUCUCUGCUCUCACCGAGGCCAUGUUGCUAAAGCUCGUGGCUUUUGAAGUGGAUCCACAGAGGUUUGACGAGAUCAAAGAUGCCCUGGAGCUUUCAUGGAAGAGCUUUGAUUUAAAUCCCCCGCACAGCCUUGCUUCGUAUUGGGCUUCUUAUACCCAGUGUCCACCAAAUGUGUGGACAUCAGCCGAGAGAUUAGUCGAGAUCCAACACGUCACUGCCGCCGAUGUACAAGCCUUCGCCAAAGAUGCUUUUGGAAGAUUAUACGUUGAGAUGCUCGUUCAUGGUAACAUCUCUUCUGAAGGUGCGAGAGAGAUACAAAAUAUGAUCGAACGUGUUCUUCGACCUCGAUCUCUGACAGAUGCUGAGAAAGUUGCUCGACGUUCUCUCUCUCUUCCCGAUUCGUCAUCAUUCGUAUAUCGUCUACCUGUACCUAACACUGCCGAAGUAAACUCUGCUGUAGAUUAUCGUCUACAAAUUGGAGAUCCAUCUGAUACACCUCUUCGAGCUCAUUUGCAAAUAUUCCAUCAAAUCGCAAAAGAACCACUUUUCGACCAUCUCCGAACGAAAGAACAAUUGGGUUAUAUAACGAUGGGAAGCACUACUUCAGGUCCGGGAACGAUGGGAUAUCGUAUCGUCGUACAAUCCGAAAGAGAUCCGAUACAUGUGGAAAAUCGAAUAGAAGCUUUCCUUGAAUGGUUGAAGGGACAUAUCGAAGAGAUGAGUGAGGCGGAAUGGGAGGAACAUAAACAAGCAAUCAUUUCGAAGAAACAAGAAACUCCGAAGAAUUUGGGAGAGGAAACGUCGAGGUUUUGGAGUAGCAUCACUGAUCGGUAUUACGAGUUUGGCAAGCGCGAAACGGAUAUCGCCAAUAUACGUAAUACCAACAAACCUGACCUUCUCAAAACGUUCAUGACACACAUCCAUCCCUCUUCAUCCUCCACUCGCAAAAUAUCAGUCCAUAUGAAAUCUCAAUACCAAGGCGUCAAAUUCGACGCUACCUCACUUGCCCCCAUAACUACAGCAUUUGGGAAACACGGUAUUGCCGUUGAUCAAUCCGCUUUACAAAGUCUUCUCGGGUCGAAACCGGAUUUGGAAAAGGUCAAAACUUUCGCUCGAUCUGCAGUUGCCAAAGUGGAGAGUUUGUCACAAGAGGUGAAAUCCGAAUUGGAAAACAUCAUCGAAGCUCUUAAACCUACUGGGGAAGAAGUUGAGUUGAAAUUGAGAGAAGGGAAUGUGUGGAUUGAAGAUAUACAAGAAUUUAAAGCUGGUUUGAUACCUUCCAAAGCGCCUUUACCUAUUGAGCCUUUGAAGUUGGAUGCGAAGUUAUGACGGGGGUGAACUUGAAAGUAUAAAUAGUCAAGGGGAGAAAAAGGCAUCUUGCAAUUCAAUGAUCAUGGCAUAUCAAUGCAUUCACCACUAUGCUCAAUCUU